AUGCGCUCGACAGCUUCCGCAGCCAGGGCCCUCGCGGACGUUGCGUGCCGGCCCUGCGCACGAUGCCGCCUCCAAGCAGCAGCAGCAGCAGCAUCGCGAUCAUCCGUCGUCACGUCGCCCCUGACGAGGCCGAGUCCGAGGGGAGCGUCGCAUAGCAUCGUCGCGGCUCACCACCCGUCAUCGUCACCGCCAUUGAACCACUACGACAUCUUCCCCGAGACGCUGCCCCUCGGGCCUCCCCCCCGCGGCCAUUUCCCCAUCGACGUGCGCGCCCUCCGCCGCGAAUUCCUCCGCCUCCAGGCCCGCCACCACCCAGACAUGCACCACCACCACCACCACCACCACCACCACGACGCUUCCUCCUCCUCCGGGGGUCAGCAGGGCCCCGGUACUACCGCCAAGGCCCGCGCGGAGGCGACCUCGGCGCUCAUCAACGAAGCCUACAAGACGCUUUCCAACCCGCUCCUGCGCGCGCAGUACCUGCUCUCCCUGCGGGGCGUGGACGUCGCCACGGACGAGACGAUGCAGGUCGACGACCCGAGCCUGCUGGCGCUCGUCCUCGAGGCGCACGAGGAGAUCUCGGACGCCGAGAGGGAGGAGGACCUCGCGGCGCUGAGGAGGACGAAUGACGAGCGCAUCAGGCAGAGCGAGGAGGUGCUCGAGCGGGCGUUUCGGGAGGAUGACGUGCAGGCUGCCAAGCGGGAGGCUGUGCGGUUGCGGUACUGGGUCAAUAUCAAGGAGAGUCUUGAUAAUUGGGAGGAGGGAAGGCCUGUUGUGCUGCAGCACUGA